AUGGCUACGCAAGAACAAACUCCCCGAGAAAACACCAUGCGGCUCGCAGAAAUGCUCUCCGACCUCGUCUCGUUGCGCGCCUGUGAUCCCAGCGCUGCACUCGCCCUCGUAUCCGCGCGCCCCUCCACAUCGCACCAAGAUGCAAACACGACUAUUCCGAGUGAAGAGGAAGAUGUGGAUCUGAAGAGAGCGAAAGACUUGCUGAAGCUGCAUUAUGAGGUCAAGGAGGCGCAUAAGAGGGGGCAGCUGAGUAAUGGGUUGGAUGAGGCGAGACGGGCGGUGGAGAAGGCUGUUGGGGGAUGA